UGCCAGCGAUCUUGAUCGUGAUCUCGAUCGAUCCCAGCAGGCAUCGCCGAUCUCGAGGAGCUCAAGCGAUUGCACCGUCUGACUGCAACGCACGCAACGCAUACCAUGUUCGCAAUGCACGCAGCCCGCAAUCUUCUCUGGGCCCGCCGUGUCCUAUCGCCGACCAGCAUCUCGCUGCGAGCCCUGCACCGUUCGGCCCCGGUCCACCUGCCGCGAGCCGACUCCCGACCAAGAAGCAAUGCCGACGACGGCUCUUCCAGCACAGGCGAUCCGGCCCCGCCCUCGCUGCCCCCGAGCUUCCGUCGGGUUCACAUGAACCGCCCAACGCACGACGAGCCCUACAAGGUCGUCCGGGUCAACCUCGAAAAGAUCCGACACUACGCUGGCUGGCAAAAGAUCGAGAUUCUGCAGGCGCUCCACGCCAAACGGGACCAGGUCGACGAGGCCGUCUAUGUGUAUUCCAUCCUGAAGGACAACAACCUGGUGGCGAGGCUCAAGUACAUUGACCUCCACAACCACAUCCACCUGCUGCUCCAGGACCGCAUUCGAUACGAGGCGGAGAUCAAGGACGCCUGGGCAAGCAUCCUGAAGAUCGGCUACGCUCCGUCGCCCGAGCUCUACUCGGUCAUGAUCCACUGCGCCAACUGCUGGAACAACUACGACCUGGCCUUUGAGCUCUACGAAGAAAUGAAGGCCAAGGCACUCCCAAUCUCCACUUUUGCGUACGCCUCCCUGCUCGAUCUAUGUGCCAAACCCCAGUCCGGCAUCACUCAGCUCCAGAAGGGCGCCGAGAUUUGGACCGAUCUCCAAGCCAGCACCACCCCAAAGGACUUGAGCUGCUUCACCCGAUCGAUAUCCAUCUUUGGGGCCCUGCAAGACCCCAGGCUGGUCAUUGCCAUCUUUGAGGAGGCCCUGGCCGAGCUGGAGGAGAUGAUGCGCACUUCCGAGACGCGGCUCGGGAGCACACCAAAGCUCUUCAUCCAGUCCCCGGCAGUCCUCAAGCUCACCAACAGCUGCAUCUCGGCUCUUGUGGAAGCUCAGCAACCCGCGGCCGCACAAGAGGUCUUUUACCGAGUCUUUGGCAGGCCCCAGAACGGGUAUCUGGAGCCCGGGACAUACGCCAAGCCCAAUGCAGUGACCUUCAAGCUACUGCUCAAGAUUGCGCUGCUCAAGUGCGAUGCAGAGCUGGGCCACGAGCUGUGGACGGAUAUGAUGGAGCGGGGAAUCAAGCCGGACGAUGGCCUGUUUGGGCGGAUGAUCUCGGUCCUGGCCUCGGCCGGACGGGCCGACGAGGCUCUCGAAUGGAUCGACAAAGCCAUGACGGUAUGCAACGUCGUUGUGGGAUCCAACCGCCACAUGCAGCUUCAGAUCAGUCUCUUGCGCGGAUAUGUCCACGGCGGCGACCUCGAGCGAGCCAAGGGCCUGUUUUCGGAGCUGCAUUCAGACAAGGACGAUGGUACAUCGCGAGCACCGCGGGUGGCCUACCGACUGAUGAUGGACCAGUAUGUCAAGCACGGCGAUCUCGGUCGAAUGCUUGACCUCAUGAACGAAUACCAACAAGCCUUCCCGCCGAUGGAGACGGAUGCCGAAGAUGCUGAGGAUGCACCAAGCUCAUCCGGGCUUGUGUCUGCGGCCGCUGGCAUGACGACAACCAACGGAUCCGAGGGUGCGGCCCGAGCUGCAGCGGAGAUCUGGUCGCGCGAAAUGCUGAUCGAUCGACUGGUGCGUGAGAAGGGAGCAGAGUAUGUGUGCCAAACUCACUCGGCGCUGCUCACGGACCUCGAGAUGGAGCGACUGUCGAAGGAGCCUGACGGAUCGAAUGGCUCGGAUGAACUGCAAGAGUCGAGUGAACCGGGCGGGCAUCGCGGGAGACACUCUCGAGCCAGCCUCAAGCCGACUGAUUGAUAGCGGGGCGCGAAUGGCUUGUGGAUGAUGCAAUAGAUGUUGCUGGACAUGGGCUCCUGAUGAAUGGCCAUAUUUUGGCGAGUUCUUGGUGGCUUGUUUGCCCCCGGGCGAGGCAGCGGGCGGGGCAGCACCCUGGCCGAUGACGCGGCGCCUGUUGGCCGAUGGCGACGGCGUGCUGCUGCCCAGGUGCUGUCCAGGGAAUGACGACAGCGAGGACGCCAUCGAGCGAUAGCAAGACGAUUGCCA